GUCCUAAGAAGAAAAAGAGGACAAGAGUGAGGAGACGCUCAGGUGAUCUGAAGACAGAAUCGCUGGAGGAAUCAUCUUUUAUCAACUUAAUAGGAAUAUAAAAAGAAGUCAGCAGAAGUAGACGGGGAAUGUAAUUAGGGAAUGAGCAAGAGGACGAGUCAGAUCAAGCUGCUCCAGAGUUUUAGGAUACAGAGAAAGGCUUCCAUAGUGCCACUCCUGUUGGAAAACUGAGCAGAGGGAUUUUAAGGAAGGAUCAUGGCUCGUCUACAGAUUCUUAUUGGACUCCUUAGUUGUCUUCAUUUGGCAGGCUGUUUGAAGUGUUACACCUGUGUGUUUCCUGCCAUAUCCCCCUUGGACUGCUUGAAGUUUCCUCUGGAAUGUCCUGCAGGGCAGCGCUGCCUCUCCAGUGUGGCAACAGGAAGGCGAGGUGCUGUUCAGCUAACCAUAUAUGAGAAGAGCUGUGCCGUACAGUCACAGUGUGGCCUGUCCGGCCAGAAGUACACCUCAGGGGUUUACUUUAACUAUACCAAUGACUGCUGCGACACGGACCUUUGCAACAGAGCCGAGUCCAUUGCCAUCCUCAGCUGGAGGGGAGCAGCGCUCUGCCUGCUGUCUACUGUCACCCUGCUGCUGGCCUGAGCAGCUGAGCUUACCACAGAUCCUCUCCAUUUUUUUAUUACUUUGGAGUUGACUUUCAAAGAUUUUAAUAGAAAAAUUGGUUAUAGUUCAUCACAACAUAUGCAAUUAUGGCCAAAAUGUUUUUUUUAAGGUCGUCCAGAGGACAUGAAAAAAGAGGAAAUUUUUUGUUUUUAAAAAGAUAAAGUUCAGUAUAAAAAAAAACAAAAAAAAAAACGAUAUUUUUGCAGUGUCACCCAUCCUUGUGAGUGUAACAGCACAGUCAACGUUAUUAUUAACAUAAUGUAAGGAUGGUUCCUUAAUCCUCCUUUUUAGCUCCACUGCUUUUUUUUUUUAUUCUUCUACAAUUUUUGCUCAUACAAGCAUCCAUUGUACAAUUAACACAACUUAUAAAUCUUUGAAAUACUGAAUAUAACUAAUAUAAUAAAAUAUAGUAAUAUUUAAAUCUAACUUUAUUUUUCACAAUUAUUAAAACUUUUUAAAGCAAAGACAAUCAGCAACCUCCUGCAGGUCAUAUGUUUUUGUCGUUCCAGAUUUUAUGGAGUCUGCUGAGGUUACAGCUGAUUGCUUUUAUCAUCAGCUGUCAAAGCUUGUUCAAAAAUCUCCUUAAAGAAAUAAGCAAACAAACUCAACAAAUAUAAGAAAACCUCCUACAUAAAGAUUCCUCAAUCAGUUGAGUUUAUUUUUAUAGCACCAAUUCACAACGCAUGUCAUCUUAUGGCACCUUACAGAGACAAUUCAACCAGAUCAUACAGUCAGAUUGGUUCAGCUGUUUUUCUAUCUCAGGAAAACCAACUGAUUGCACCGACUCAUUGGUUGAAUCCUAAACUGCUCUCACUUGCAAUAAAGUCACAUUCACAGCUGUUGAGAUGCGCCUUGAUUAAAGGUGUGGAGGAUAUAAACAAGAUUGGGACAGCCUCUUCCCUUUAACGGAAAAGAGAGUAGUGGUUGCUAAGGCAACACCACGUAUCUCUAUUUAUUCAAUGGAUUCCUGAAAAAAGUCACCUGCAGCCAUUUUGGUACUCCCCACUCUAAUGGAGUCGCGCCAUAAAAAUGCCUGUAAUGUAAUGUUAAUACCAUUAUCGAAUUACAAAAAAUUAAUCGAUACAUGUAUAUUACAUGUACAUCCUUAAUUUAGCCCUUUUGACACAUCAUAAGAGCAUAUUUGUGUGCGUGUGUAAUAUUCUUAAUAUCUGACUACAGUAUUAUUAUGCACCAUUAACACACUAAUUUUGUUGUGAUGGCUUUGAAUAUAUUAUAUUACAUGAUUUAUAGACUUCAUACUGAAUAGGCAACGUGAUGUGCCUAUUUUUUUUUUACCAUAAAUUACAUAAACCUACUUAUGCUGAAACAGCAAGUGUGUGUCAAAGUGGUGGCUUUAUCUUUAAGUCUUAAGCCCCCCUGAAAAUGAGAACAUUAUCAUUGUUAGACGCUGUAGCGCACGUAUUGUCUACACUCCGUCCAGUCUAACUAUGGAGUACCAAUAUGGCGGCUGGUGACUUCACAGCAGUGGUCAACACAUGUGUGAGGGUGUAGCUCUCUGGUGCAAGGUGAUAUAAAAUACAACAUUUUCCCCUUUCUUAAAACAAAUGCAUGCAGAUAAAACUAUUUCAAAGAGGACCUUCCCUUUUGGAAUUAAUUAUGUCGCUUUCUUAUACCCAAUUUGAUAUUUUUCGUCAGUGUGAUGAGCAUGCAGCAAACCGAUGGAACUUACAUUUAAAUGCACGUUUCCUCGACAGUCAAGCUGCUGUUAUACCAAAUUCCAGGAGGCCUGCCCUUAUGCAGAAUAGCUAUUCCAUUCAGCCUACCCACUAUGUGGUUUGGGAUGGCACUUAAUGUGGCAGACCCUCUGCAGGAAUGUGCAAACGGGGGGGUUAGUGCUUAGGGGCUGGUUUGGGAUUGGGCAAUUGACUGUUCAGCAAUCCCUCAGACAGAGCAUGCAUGUUGCAACAGUGGAGAGAAAAACUCCCUUUUACCAGGAAGAAACCUACAACAGAACCAGGCUGUUACCACAAAUUUGAAGCACAGAAUAUCUUUUAACAGCUUAUGUUUGAGUUUGCAUUACUACUUCACAAUUUUUGUGUGUGUGUGUGUGUCCAUGUGUGUGUGUGAACAUUUCAAUGAAGCAAUCCUCUAAACAAAAAAGAUUUCAUAUGUUUUAUUAUGAAGAUUUUUUUUUUUAAUUGUAACAUUAAUAAAAGUAAAAAACAUUUUUCAACAGUGAGUUUGAUUGUCUUCACUGGUUUGGUGCCCAUGCGGUUGUUUUAAUCCGUUGGACUUUCAAGUGCAGAUG